AGAAGAUAAGAUAUAUGCUCUGCUUCUCCUUUGAUAUUAAUAAAUAAACUGUGAGAAGCUGAUGAGUGACAUUAGUAUUCUUGGUUAUGGCUUAGUCACAUAAUUCAGAUGGCUUGCUACGUCUCAAACAGUGUUAUUUUUCAUGGGAAGAAUAAGAGACAGGCAAUAAGCCCUUAUAACUUGUUUGGCUGGAACAUUGGCAAACAAAACAAUGAGGAUAUAUCAAAGACCAAGUACCAUGAUAUUGAUCUUCCUUUCUCACUUUCUCUGGUUAACAAAACUUUCCUAAGAGGUAGGGAGCUGAAAUGUUGCUAUAAGGCCACAAUAGAUGGAUUUAGCGCAACUGAUUUUCAUAAUUUCUGUGAUUUCAAAGGUCCUUGUGUGAUAAUUGGCUACACAAACAAGUCCUUCAAGUUUGGAGCUUUUAACCCUGAGGGCUAUAGAAGCACAGACGAUUACUAUGACACUUUUGAUGCGUUUCUCUUGUACUGGGCGGACAAUGCAAAUCCUGAUGAUGAGCCCAUUGUUCUGCCCAAAGUAGGGGGGAGUGGUGCGGCCCUCUUCGAUUAUGCUCGUGGCGGGCCGCAAUUUGGGGCUGAUGGGCUACUUAUUGGGCCUCCUCUUGCACCGGUUAUGGGCGGGUUUGCGGGUCCGGAUACAAAUUCGGGUGUUGGGGAUCUAAGGCAAGCCAAAUCAAGAUUAGGAUUGUCAUAUGCUAAGAGGAAAGAUGGGAAGGACUCAAUUUUUGGAGAUCAAUAUAAGGCGACUCUUGAAGAAGUGCAGGUGUUUUGUAGUCCUCAAAUUGCAAGCUUGUACUAAGAGUGAAUUGGUAGAUUGUAUUCCUUAUGUACCACUUGAAAGAAGCGAUUUCUUAAACUAGUACCAUUUUAAUGCAUGUUCAUAUACUUAUUUGAUAAUUUUCUCUUUCUAGUAAAA